ACCAUGGCCUGUGUACCACUAAUCUUCUUCUAGCUCCAAAGAUACACCUUCCAUAUUAAUCUUCUUUUAAUUUUCUCAUUGGGUCCAAUUUUGUGGGGGAAAAAAAGAAACAAUAAUAUUUGCAAAAAAUGGCACUUCCUCAUACCCAACAAGAUGCAAAAGCUCUCCCUGAUGCUUGGGAUUACAAAGGAAGGCCAGCUCUUAGGUCCUCCUCUGGUGGUUGGGCUAGUGGUGCAAUGAUUUUAGGUGUUGAAGCUGUGGAGAGGCUAACAACACUAGGCAUUGCUGUAAACUUGGUGACUUAUUUGACUGGAACUAUGCAUUUAGGCAAUGCUACUGCAGCCAACAAUGUUACCAAUUUUCUUGGAACUUCUUUUAUGCUCACUUUGCUUGGUGGAUUUGUUGCUGACACUUUUCUCGGAAGGUAUCUUACAAUUGGAAUAUUUGCCACUGUUCAAGCAAUAGGUGUCACAAUCUUAACCAUCUCUACCAUAAUCCCAAGCUUGCGACCACCAAAAUGUGACCAAGGCAGAUCUUCAUGCAUCCCGGCAAACAGCAAACAACUCAUGGUCCUAUAUAUAGCCUUAUACAUGACAGCCCUCGGCACCGGUGGCCUGAAAUCGAGCGUCUCGGGUUUCGGUACCGAUCAAUUCGACGACAGGGAUGAGAAGGAAAAAGGACAGAUGAUUAAAUUCUUCGAUUGGUUCUUUUUCUUCAUAAAUGUUGGUUCACUAGGUGCUGUUACAAUACUGGUGUACGUUCAAGAUAAUUUGGGAAGGGAGUGGGGUUAUGGUAUAUGUGCAUGUGCUAUUGUGAUUGCACUUGUUGUGUUUUUAUUUGGCACAAGGAAAUAUAGGUUCAAGAAACUUGUGGGGAGUCCAUUGACACAAAUUGCUUCAGUAUUUGUGGCUGCUUGGAGAAAUAGGCAUUUGGAAGUGCCUUCAGAUUCUUCACUUCUCUAUGAAAUUGAUGAUAAUAUUUUUGGUGAGGGAAAUAAGAAAAGCAAGCAAAAAUUGCCUCAUAGCAAGGAGUAUCGAUUCUUGGACAAGGCAGCCAUUAAGGUAGAUGGUGAUCAAUCUACUGGAAGUAAUGUUGUGAACAAGUGGACAUUAUCAACCUUAACAGAUGUUGAAGAAGUAAAAUUGUUAAUCAGAAUGUUACCAACAUGGGCCACAACUAUUAUGUUUUGGACAGUCUAUGCACAAAUGACCACAUUUUCUGUGUCUCAAGCAACCACUAUGGACCGUCACAUCGGAAAAUCCUUCGAAAUUCCCCCCGCCUCACUCACGGUUUUCUUCGUCGGAAGUAUCCUCUUGACCGUAAUUUUUUACGAUCGAGUCAUCGUUCCGAUUUGUCGACGUGUCGCUAACAAAUCACAUGGACUAACCCCAUUGCAAAGAAUUUUCAUAGGGUUAAUUCUUUCAAUUUUAGCCAUGAUUGCUGCUGCCCUAACAGAGGUUAAAAGAUUAAAGGUUGCCCACUUGAAUGGGCUAACAAAUGAUCCAAAUGCCAUAAUUCCAAUGAGUGUAUUUUGGCUAAUUCCACAAUUCUUGCUAAUAGGGGCAGGUGAGGCAUUUACAUAUAUUGGCCAACUUGAUUUUUUCUUAAGGGAAUGUCCUAAAGGGAUGAAGACAAUGAGUACAGGGUUAUUUUUGAGUACCCUUGCACUAGGGUUUUUCUUUAGUUCAAUUUUGGUCACAAUUGUGCAUAUGGUCACUGGAACUACACACCCAUGGCUAGCUGAUAAUUUGAACCAAGGGAAGCUAUAUGAUUUCUAUUGGCUUUUGGCUAUAUUGAGUGUGUUGAACUUGAUGUUUUUCUUGUAUACUUCGAAAACAUAUGUGUACAAGGAGAAGAGGCUUGCCGAACUGGGAAUCGAAUUGGAGGACUCUGGACCAGUUUGUCACUAAGAGGACGCACUCUCUCACUCUUUGGAAAAAGGCAAAGAGAUCCAUCGGAAAUGUACUCAUCGUUAUUGAAUCCUUCAAAAAUCUUUCGCAUUUUUCUAGUAGUGGA